GGCCAAGGGUAGGGGCAGGGCUGGGCCCAGGCAGUCCUGGGAGCUUCAUCCGCCCUGCCACCUUGGGCUGGGGCUAGGUGCUCUAGCCACUUCUUCCUCUGGGGCUGUAGAAGAUGAUGGUGGCUUUGUGGUUCAGAAGGAGGCUGGGUCUUGGCAGCAGCAGAGGGAUGUUUAAAGGGCAUUGGUCACGGAGGUCCCUAGGAGCAGAGGCAAGGGGCAGGGAGCUUGGAAAGCAGGAAGGCCCCACGCUUCCACGGUGAUGCAGUUCUCUGGGCUCCUGCUACAGGUCCCAAGUGGGGGACCUGUGACACCAUUAUCCCCUGGGCCUGGGGCUGGGGUUGUGAAUGUCACUAUGGGCCCCCCGCCUCCGACCCCGUGGGCUGGGCUGGGCGAAGCGAGGCAGGGCACAGGCAGUCGGAGGCGGUGCCGGAGAAGCCGCCAGGCACCUAUGGACUCACAGAGCCCGCUGCCUCCCCGGGCCAGUGUGUUCAGCAUUGCCUCUCUGGUUGCAGCUGAAGCUGCCAAGCGCACCUCCUACCGGUCCCCAGGUCCUCAGACCGGGCGAAGUUUUACCAGCUGCCAGGAUCUCCAGCCGGGAUGCACUUCAGCACUGUCACCAGGGACAUGGAAGCGCCGCCGCCGAGCCCGAGGGCCCCGGGGCCAGCUGCGCGGCCGCCGCCAAGGCGCCGGUGAAGAAGAACGCGAAGGUGGCCAGUGUGAGCGUGCAGCUGGAGAUGAAGGCUCUCUGGGACGAGUUCAACCAGCUGGGCACGGAGAUGAUCGUCACCAAGGCCGGCAGGCGAAUGUUCCCCACGUUCCAAGUGAAGCUCUUCGGCAUGGACCCUAUGGCUGACUACAUGCUGCUCAUGGACUUUGUGCCAGUGGACGACAAGCGCUACCGGUACGCCUUCCACAGCUCCUCCUGGCUGGUGGCCGGGAAGGCAGACCCGGCCACACCAGGCCGCGUGCACUACCACCCGGACUCACCUGCGAAGGGCGCACAGUGGAUGAAGCAAAUCGUGUCCUUUGACAAGCUCAAGCUGACCAACAACCUGCUGGAUGACAACGGCCACAUCAUUCUCAACUCCAUGCACAGAUACCAGCCCCGCUUCCACGUUGUCUAUGUAGACCCCCGCAAAGACAGUGAAAAGUACGCUGAGGAGAACUUCAAAACCUUUGUGUUUGAGGAGACAAGGUUCACGGCAGUCACUGCCUACCAGAACCACCGGAUCACGCAGCUCAAGAUUGCCAGCAACCCCUUCGCCAAAGGCUUCCGGGACUGCGACCCUGAGGACUGGCCCCGGAACCACCGGCCCGGCGCGCUGCCGCUCAUGAGCGCCUUCGCGCGUUCGCGGAACCCCGUGGCCUCCCCCACGCAGCCCAACGGCGCGGAGAAAGACGCGGCCGAGGCCCGGCGAGAAUUCGAGCGCGACGCCAGCGGCCCCGCGGUGCUCGGGGACCCGGUGCACCCGCCGCAGCUGCUGGCCCGGGUGCUGAGCCCCGCGCUGCCCGGGGCCGGCGGCGCAGGCGGUCUGGUGCCGCUGUCCGGCGCGCCCGGAGGCCGGCCCAGCCCUCCGCACCCGGAGCUGCGCCUGGAGGCGCCCGGCGCGUCGGAGCCGCUGCACCACCACCCCUACAAGUACCCGGCCGCCGCCUACGACCACUACCUCGGGGCCAAGAGCCGCCCGGCGCCCUACCCGCUGCCCGGCCUGCGCGGCCACGGCUACCACCCGCACGCGCACCCGCACCACCACCACCAUCCCGCUGUGAGCCCGGCGGCCGCCGCCGCUGCUGCCGCUGCCGCUGCCGCCGCCGCCGCCAAUAUGUACUCGUCGGCCGGGGCCGCGCCGCCGGGCUCCUACGACUACUGCCCCAGAUAACGGGGUGAGCGCUCCGCCAGGCCGCACGGCGCCCAGGGCCGGCGAAGACACGUGUCCCCUGCCCCGGGGGCCGCUGCGGGCAGCCGGACCUGCCCUCCACGCUUUGCCCCGAAGGCCAUGGAAGUAUCCGGUUCCCUAGUCCCCGGAGCUGCUGGGAUCCUUCUCCAGCCCCAGGGCCGUGGGGUCCCUGCCAGUGCCAAAGCGCUCAGCCAGAGUCGGAAGGAAGUGGUAUUUAUUAAUUCUCUCCGAGACUGCGUUGCCCGCGGUCCGCCGGCGGUUGCAGUGUAGACAACCCGAAAGCCCCGCCCGCAGGCGGUGUAGAUACUUGUGGAUAUGUGUAGAUAAUGUAGAUAACCGCGCCGGCAUCGACUUGAUAAACGGUUUCGCCUCUUU